AUUAAAUUCACAUUCAUUCGCCGCGACAAGCACUGAUUUAUUUUUACGCAACAUAUUUGUUAAAUACUACGAAGGCAGCAAAAAAAAAAACAUUGCAAUAAAAAAUCAGAAAUGUUAAAUUAUCAUCAACCACAACAACAUCAGGAGCAAAUGGCAACAAGUAUGACCACAGCGGCAGCAACAACAAUAACGCCAUCAUCAAACAAUUCAACAACGACAUCCGGUACACUAUCAUCCUCAACGGAACACAAUACAAUGCCAUUAAAUUUUUACUCUACUUCCCAACUUCACAAUCACAGUAACAAUAACAAUCCGCAGCAUCAUCAGCAACAACUAUCACCAACAAUGGUUGGCAACAGUGUAACAGCCACCACCUGUUCAUCUUUACAACAUUUACAUACUUUAACAAACAAUAACAAUUAUAUUUUGACCUCGUCAUCAUUAUCAUCCUCAGUACCCACAACUUCAUCAACAUCAUCGUCCUCUACAGCAUUAUAUCAUAAUCAAAUAUGCACAAAAUUAUCAUCGCCUGCAUCUGCUUCGGAAUCCUCAUCAACUUCAUUGUCUACAACAAAAAUUUCACCAAAUCUUGCUACUGCACCAUCAUCAUCCACUAGCACCUCCAACGCAACACUACCAAUUGCGACAACAUUUCUAUUUGAAAAAGGUUCGGAGAAUGUUAAACGUUUUUCCGUUAAUAAUUUAUUAGAGUUAGCAGCGGUACAACAAGAUUAUCACCAUCAACACAAUCACAUCCACAGUCACAGUCACAAUCAUCACCAGCAACACAUUACAAAUAAACUACAAAUGCAUCAUCAACUCCAACAGGAGCAGCCACAUCAACAGUCACUUUUAUCUCAUGGGGAUAAUUUUGACGAUACAUUUUCAAAUGAAUUUACUUCAACGUCGGCAAAUGGUAUUAUAUCUGACCAUACAUCGUCUUCACCACAUUCUGGCCGCAAACCACGUCGAAAUCGUACCACUUUCUCUUCGGGACAAUUAACAGCAUUGGAAAAGGUGUUUGAACGUACCCACUAUCCCGAUGCUUUUGUGCGUGAAGAAUUGGCCACUAAAGUGGGUUUGAGUGAGGCGCGCGUACAAGUAUGGUUUCAAAAUCGUCGUGCUAAAUUUAGACGUAAUGAACGCAGUUCAACCACUGGACGACCUUUAAUUACAACCACCCCACAACCCGUGCCACCCAUAACUACGGCCCAUAAGUUUUCGCCCGAUAAAAGUGCUGUGUUUUUGCAACAGCAAAUGGAUUUGUCACAUCCUCAUCAUCCACAUCAUCAUGCUGCUGCUGCCGCUGCAGCAUAUUCGUUAAGUUUUCCCUCGUUGGGAAUGUAUGCGUCAACAAAAAAUUAUGUUAAUUCAUCGUACAAUACAUUUGCAGCAACAGCUAAUGGCAGUUCAACAAAUGAAGGAUUAACAGGUCCUUGUGGUUUUUUCGCUUCGUCUAAUUAUUGUGCACCCAGCUAUCAACCAAAUUAUUCAGCAUUAAGAUAUAAAAGUGCUCAAGGUUUUUCUGGUUUAUGA